AUGUCCAGAAGAAACUACACUGAAGUGACAGAAUUUAUUCUCUUGGUGCUAACAAGCCAUCCAGGGUUGCAAGUUGCCUUCUUUGUGCUAUUCCUUAUAGUUUACAUUAUCACUGUGAUAGGAAACCUGGGCAUGACUGUUUUAAUCAAAAUCAAUUUUUGUCUUCACACCCCCAUGUACUUUUUUCUCUCAAGUUUGUCUGUCCUAGAUCUGUGUUUCUCCACAAAUGUUACUCCCAAAUUGUUAAAAAAUUUCCUAUCUGAGGAGAAGACCAUCUCAUAUGCAGGGUGUUUGGUGCAGUGCUAUACUGUCAUUGCUGUGGCCCUUACAGAGCACUGCAUGUUAGCUGUAAUGCCCUAUGACCACUACACAGCCAUCUGUAACCCCCUGCUCUACAGCAGCAAGAUGUCCAAGAGUGUCUGUGUCCACUUGGUCAUCAUUCCUUAUGUCUAUGGCUUCCUCCUCAGUGUGAUGGAAACUCUGAGGACCUACAACCUCUCCUUCUGUAGUGCUAAUGAGAUUAACCAUUUCUACUGUGCUGAUCCUCCUCCUAUCAAACUGGCAUGCUCUGACACCUAUAGCAAAGAGUUGUUGAUGUAUGUAGUUGCUGGCUACAGCAACAUCCAAUCUCUCCUGGUCAUUCUCACAUCCUACAAGUUCAUCCUGGUUGCCAUCCUCAGAAGCCAUUCAGCAGAGGGGAGGAAAAAAGCUUUUUCCACCUGUGGCUCCCACUUGACAGUGGUCACAAUCUUCUAUGGGACCCUCUUCUGUAUGCAUUUGAGAUGUCCCACAGAGGAGUCUGUGGAGCAGGGCAAAAUGGUGGCCAUGUUUUAUACCACAGUGAUUCCCAUGCUGAGCCCUAUGAUCUGUGGUCUCAGGAACAAGGAUGUGAAAGAGGCAUUGUGA